GCGGCAUCUUCCAGCCAAGAUGUGCCACCAUGCUGGCGAUCUUCACGGAAAGAGGGCGUGCCCGCAUUCGGGAAAUGGCCAUUAUUGUUCAGCCAGUCUAUAUCCCUCAUAUUUAUAUAUUCCUUCGUCGAACCUCUCCUCCGUUUUUACUUUGCUCUCAUCAAGCUUGAACAUUUGACAAUUCAAGUCUUACGCCACAUUUGAACAUCCGAAGUAUUCUGUCAUAUCCUUUUCUCCCCACACGCCGUUCAUCAUGGUUUGCGCGCAUCCAGAUCUUGUCGCCCAGGUGAAGGCCGAGGGUUUCAAUGCUCAGGGCACUGGCAAUGUCGCCUCCGCUAAGGAGAUUGCCCAGGCCCUUGCAAACGCACGGCGCACUCCUGGAAUAGGCGACGGGCUCAUCUUCCCAAAGUCUCAUUAUCCGAAGCCCACAUCCAUCAUGGCCAUGAGCAGAGCCGCGCUGGAGAGGGCGCCAUUAAGGGGCAAUAUUCGGGCCAUUGUCGUCCUAGCUCAGUUCCAGGACGUGAAGAUGGCUGCGGGAGCUAAGGAACGCAUGCAAGAUCUGUUCUUCUCGAAUGGGAAGCUCGCCACCGGUUCAGUCACUGAGUACUACUCAGAAGUCUCGAAUAAGAAGGUCUCAUUCUCUGGGGAAGUCGUGGGACCGUUUACGCUGAGCAAGAAGAUGGCGCAGUACGCUAAUAAUGACUUCGGCUUCGGCGACGUCAUGCCGAACUCCCGAACAAUGGCAGACGAGGCCUUCGAAGCGGCCAAAUCCAGCGUCAACUGGGGACCAUAUGACAACGAUGGCAAUGGUUAUGUGGAUGCGUUCAUUGUGGUUCAUGCCGGUGCACCUGCCGAACGGACUGGAGUCAGGAGUGAUAUCUGGUCUGUCAAAUGGGUCCUUCCCAGUGAGAAAAAAGCGAACGGUGUGAAUAUCUACGCCUUCCUCACAGUCUCGGAAUUCGCCAGAUGCGGCACCCCCGCCCAUGAGAUCGGCCACUUAGUCUUUGGUUGGCCUGAUCUCUACGAUACCGAUAGCGUUGAUAGCUGGAGUCCCCCAAGACCCGAUUUGACUAGCGAAGGAAUUGGAAACUGGUGCCUGAUGGCUGCUGGGAGCUUCGGAGGCGACGAACACCGACCGGUCCAUCCAUCAGCUUGGUGCAAGGCCACCCAAGGCUGGAUUGGGACCAUCACGGAAACUGAGAAUCACCAAGUUACACUCCAAGACGUCAAGAGCGGCUUCAAGGCCCAUCGCCUCUGGACUAACGGCGAUGGCAGCAGCCAAGAAUACUUUCUCAUUGAGAACCGUCAGCUCACCGGCUUCGAUGCCUCGCUUCCAGGAGCCGGACUCUUAGUCUGGCACAUUGAUGAUGCGGUCCCAGAAAACACGGAUGAAAAUCACCCAAAGGUCAAGCUCAUGCAGGCCGAUGGUCUCAAGGACCUUGAAGACGAACGCAACCGCGGCGACGGCGGAGAUCCCUUCCCCGGUAUCGCAAACAAGGUCACCUUCAAUGCAACGAGCAAUCCUCAUAGCAAAGCAUACUCCGGGGCUGACUCGUUCGUUUCCGUGACGCAGAUCCCUGCCUCCACUCCAUCCAUGACCUUCAACAUCACCGUCAAACCCAUCGCUCAGCCGCCGACUGGCGACUUCAACCCGCAAGUCUGGUACCGCCUCAAGAACACGUAUGAACCUGCACGCUACUCCCUUGACGUCAUCAACGACAACGGUACCAACAGCACCGGCCUGCUCCAAAUGGCCCGUGACGGCAAUUUCUCCGGCCAGCACUGGCAGAUCAAGUCCAACGGAGACGGGACGUACCAUCUGCGCACGCUGUUCCUCGGUGCUAAACGCCAGCUCGAUGUCUACGGCAACGACAAGUACACGCCCGUGCUUCAGAAAGCUGGGUUCUUUUCGGGCCAGUUCUGGAUGAUCAAGCCAUGGGGUGAUGGGACGUGGCACCUGGAGAAUGCGUAUUCAGGACCGAACCUGUAUCUGGACACUAUAGAGGGUGGACCCAAAGUGAAGAUGAAUAGUGCGAACAUCGGACGGCCUACGCAGAGGUGGUCGAUUACCCGUAUUCGGGAUAUUACCGAGCCUGGUUUCUGAAGGGAAGGGUGAUGGCAAGCGUCACCGUCGCGUGCGCUGCGGUGCGCUUGUGGGCUCUGGAGGGCGUGGCGAUCUGGCUUUGUGCAAGACUGUCUUUAUUGCGG